AUGGCGCCACCGGUAAGUAGGAGCAAGGCCCUACAGGAUAGCAAGGCCAAGCUGGACAAAUGGAUAAGCGGCGAGGAGGGAAACUCGAGCCACAUGGAGAGAAUAAUCAAGGAAAUGGAAUAUAUGAGAAAUCAGAUGGAAAAAUUGAAAGAGAGUAUAAUGGAGAGCUUGGAAGAUCAACUGGAAAAAAUCAGGAAGAAAAUGGAGGAAGAGAGGAGAUUAAGAGAAGCGGAGAGAGAAAGAGAGAAGAUCGAGUGGAAAAGGGAGAAAGAAGAGCUCGUGCAAAGGAUAGAAGAGCUAGAGAAGACAAACGAGAGGAAAGAGAGAGAAGCACGGAGGAGAAACAUAGUCAUAAAAGGAGUAAGUUGGAAAAAUGAAAGAGUAGAAGAAGAGGUGAGUAAAUUCAUAAAAGAAAAUUUAAAAGUGGAGGUAGGAGUAGAAAAGGCUUUUAGGACAAGAAUAAAAGAAAAAGAUAUUGUAAUUGCUAGCCUAGAAAACCGGGAGCAGAAAAGGGAGAUUAUGGUCAGGAAAAAAGAGUUAAGGCAAGGAAUUUGGAUAGAAGACGACCUAACAAAGGAGGAAAGGGGAAUUCAGAGGAAAUUGAGAGAGAGAGCUAGAUCGGAAAGAGAAAAAGGACGAAAGGAUACGUGGGAAUACUUAGAGGAAUUCGACGUUUUAGGCUUAACAGAGACAUGGAUUGAAGAGGAAGGAUGGAGGAGAAUAAAAGAUAAGCUGCCAAAUAAAUUCAGGUGGAAUUGUAUACCGGCAAGGAGAGAGCACAAGAAAGGGAGAGCCAGAGGAGGUAUAAUUACAGCGGUGAAUAAGAGCGUAAAGGAUAAUAUUUUCAGAAAGCUAGGUUAUGGAAUAGCGGAGAAUAAACUGAUUCACAACGGAAACAGAUGGAGAAUUGUCACGGUAUACAGCCAGGACAUAGAAGAAACUAUGGAUGCCUUAACGGAAUUAAUUCAAGAAGAAGAGGAAGAGUUCUUAAUGAUAGGAGGAGACUGCAAUGCAAGGACUGGAAGAGAAGGAGGUCCAAUUAGAGAAGAAGAAGGAGAAGACAGUGAAGAACAUCAGAGAAGGGAAGGUGCUUGUAAGAGGACAGGAAUUGAAGACAAG